AUGAUUGGAGAGGAAGAAAAGUUCCAAGGAAAAGCAUUGGCGCUAUCCCAUACAAAGAGUGCAAUAAGUACGAUAAAAGAGAAAUUCAGUGAGCAACAGCUACGAACCUUCGAACAGAGUUGUUUUGGGCAUCUCCUACUCAUCGAGGACCUGAAGUGGACGUCGCCAAUUGUACACGGAUUGUUGCUGAGGAAAGCUGAUCCGAAGACUGUUUCCCAAGUGAACGGGAUCAAAUUCAUUGUUGGCAAUAAGGUGAUCCAAUUCACACCCCAGCAAUUUUGCGUCGUCACAGGGCUAAGGUUUGGAAACCUUCCCUUUAUUCCGAUUCCCAGUAAUGACAACUGCUCAUUGAAAAGGAAGUAUUUUGGCAACAAUAAAACAGUGAGCCUGUUGGAAUUAGAAAAAGCCUUCCGCGACUGCGCUGAUGCGGAUGAUGCAUUGAAGCUCGGCUUUGUAUACUUCGCUGUGUUUGUGCUGUUGGGCAGUGAAAAACAUGUCCACAUUGACAUGCGAUAUUUGAAGUUGGCGGAAGACCUUGAAGAUUUUGGUAAAUAUCCAUGGGGUGCUGUGUCUUAUGCGAAGACAAAUGCGUCACUGCUGAGGGCACUGUGUGCAGAUUACCAGCGAGUGAAAGGGCCGAAAAAAGCUUCGAAAACAAAAAAAUCUGAAAAGCAAGUAAAGACAACGGCAACCGGUAGACCAAGAGAGUACCACCUAAAGGGUUUUGCCUUUGCACUUCAGAUUUGGGCUUAUGAGGUAUUUCCAGCGUUGGCUGCACUACAUUUGGUGGUGCACGAACAUAAUGCCUACAUCCCUCGUAUACUACAUUGGAGGAGCAACACUUUGCCGCGUUUUUAUGAGCUCAUGAGCCAAGUCUUCGAAAACCGUGAGGUUGAUGUGCAACUUAUCCGGCCAUCUGUAAUUGACAAGCAGCAGGCGUAUUGGACUUGGGGUGACAGUGUUGACAACACUGAAGAACUUGUUGAGUUGGUUGGCGAUGACGCUGAACAAAAAACCAGCACGUCUGCCUCUGUAGAAGAAAAAGAUGAGGACAUUGAAGAAACUGCUAGCCUUCCGUCGUCUUCUAAGGCAAGCAUUACCUAUUUUCCAAUAUUCCAAUAUAUAUGUCAUAAUACAAUAGGAAAUGAACUGCUGGUAAAAUGGCGUCCACUGAGUUACGCACUUUGA